GGUUGUUAAAAUAUCUACAUUCCCAGCGUGGGAGUUUGUUGCUCAAUACUCGACCGUGAAGAGGUACAGAAUAAACCGCGCAGGGGAAACUCUUAUCUGUUCAGCACCGGUUGUUUUCUCCUCUUUGUUCUGUAGAUGCAAAGGACAAGGUGGACAGAUUUAGCAGAUCUUUGUUCAAGUUUACGUAAUGUUGUCAUUUGCUUCCUUCAGUCGAAAUUCGAAGUCCUCCCCUACACCCCUUAAAGAAUGUUAAAAGGAGAAAAUUUUCAAUCCAAUUUGGACAGUGUCCACCACCACACCCUAAAACGUGACGGCUAAAAGUUGUUGCUCAUGUUACAAAUAAAUUAACCUGGGAUGGACACAACCUGUGGAGGGGGACCAGUAUUGCUCUACCUAGUGGUGCCCUCGAAAGAGAUCCAUUCAAAUAUACACUUGACCACAAUCCAUCGAGUUUGAAGCCAACACUGAGGACAAGGUCUGCUAUGAGAUUUUACCACCCUCAAGUCAGUCAAGUAGUACUCCAAUUUUAAAGGUGAUCUCUCUGUAAAAUAUUUCCUCAAGCUGAAGGAAGUCUAAAAUCUAAAGGGAACAGCAAGUGUGCAGUGUAGGAAUUAUUCAGUUAAAAAUGGGAAACUUUUUAUAAACUCUUAUCAGUAAACACUGACAACAAAUAUUGAACCACCAAAUCUGGGCCAAGUUAUAUAAGAACAACCUUUUACUUUAUGAGGAGCACGAACAUCGAAAUGUCUUGAAAGAAGAAAAGUGUUUUAGGAUAGUCAUGUAAAGGCAACAUCAGUAAUACUACAAAAAAAGGUGAGGUAUCUUAUGUCACAUUUCAGAUGGAUGGCUCACCAGAAAUGCCUCCAAAGGGUCAAGUAAUCCAUGAAGCAUCAAGAUGGAAGCAUCACCAGAAAUUCAUCAAAAGAAGGGCAAUUAUUGGAUAACCCUCUACAAAGGGAUGUAUCAUCAGGGACUCAUCAGCAAGAAAUCGGAGUUAUAUGUGAACUAGCAAAGGUAGAGGAAUCAUCAGAAACUCUUAAAAAAGAAUGCCAAGUAAUGCAUGAAUCACCACGGAUGGAGGCAGCAUCAGAAACAAUUCAUAAAGAGAACAAAGGAAUACAACAACUAUCAAAGAUAGAGGCAUGUGACACUUUUCAAAAAGAGGGGCAAGUAGCAUGCAAAACAUUAGAGAUGGAUACCUCAUCAGAUAUUCUUCAAAAAGGACAAGAAGUUCAUAUAUCACCAAAAGUAGAAUCAUCCAAAUCUAUUAAACAAGAAGAUCAAGUAUAUUAUGAAAUGCAACCAGAACUAACACUAGAAACAAAAAAACAAAAAUUGGAGUGUGAUAUGUUGAGUCCAGUGAAUGUGACAUGUUUAGUAGGUGAAAAAAUUUUAUCAAAGACAAAUACUCUUUCCUCAAAUUGUGAAACAUUAUUAGAUGACAGACCAGCAUUAUAUUCUCAGCAUUUAGAGACAAAAAAGCAUUUUGCAAUAGGAAAUGGUGAGUCUCUUGUAAAAAAUGAUAAUAAUAUACAAGAAAAGGAACAACAAGAAGGUUUUUCAUGUAACCAGCUUAAUUGUAAGGACCAGUCAGGCAAUAAAGGUAAAGAAGCUGUCACAGGCAAAGACUUUGGGAAUAAAAUUCAAGAAAAAGUGAAACAGGAGCAGUUACCUAAAAAAAAGAAAGGUGGUCAUGUUGGUGAAAAUUAUGAGCGAAUUAACUAUCUAGUCCAGACAUCACGUGCCUUAGUUAACAUGGGUGAAUUUGAUAAGGAAUUGGGUUCUAUGAAUUUUGAUCAAACCUUAGCUUCUCAGACUGGGUCUUUGGCAAGUUCAGUUGGACGACGUUGCCUAAUAAGGCUUACUCCAUCACUGAAACGCAUGCUGUGUAAGGGUUGUGGAACAGCCCUUAUUUAUGGAGUGAAUGCUAGAGUACGCCACCGUUCAAAUCGCCAGAAACACUUAGUUGUUACUUGUCUCACCUGUAAUACUAUUAAGCGAUUUGUUAAUGAUCCUAAACACAAGCUGUGGUGUGAUAAGGAGGAAUCUUUAGUUUAAAUCAUUAUGCCCAGUCUGCUUUUAUUAUCAAAUGAAUUUGUUCCACAGUUAUUUAUUACUGAUGUUGUUUAUAAUUUACAGGGUACAGUACACAGGAAUAUUUCAUUGUAACAAACUUGAUCAUAGUUUGGAGUGUCCAUGAAUGGGAAGAUUUAGAUAAAGUUGUUAUGCUUAGCUUAAUGGCAGUUUGGAUUGUAUUUUGCUGUCAACCUACUAUAAAAUCAUUGAAGUGUGCGUACUUGGCACAAAGUGACAAAUAAUUACUAUAGGCGACAUACCCAAAGGGCAAAAAAGUAAGCAUAUAUGCAUCAGUCACAAAAAUUACAGUUGGAAUAGGGAAAUAACUUGACCGAUUAAUCAGCAUAAUGUAGUCUUGAUGUAUGCACAAGGAAAUGGUGAUUGCACAAGAUGCUUGAGACAUGCAGAUGUCAUAAAAUGAAUAUGAGAAGUAGGUAUGUACUGUACAUAGUAUCAUGUUACCCUACUAAUUUCAUGCUGCUACAUACCACCCUUUCAUAAAAAAUACAAUAAAACACUUUAUCAUAAGAUUCUGUCGGAUAUGAAAAGAUAGAUAUAAAUAGUAGGACUAUUCACAAUACAUGUACGUACUGGGGUUUUUACUUACAGUAAGUAACUAUUGGUUGGAAGAUAUUUCAGGUUUUUUUUUUUAUUGAAUUUGCAUGGUAACUCCAAAAAUAUAUGUUAAAGCUGGAAUGCUAUUGUGUAAUUUGUUGCUUUAAAAAUUAAUACUAAAUUUGUUUAUUUUGGUGUAACUACACAAAUGCCCUAAAUACUGUGUGUAGUCAAGAUCUAAAUGUGCAGAUGCAUGUAUGUAAUAACUAAGUAUAAAGCACGUUGAAUAAAGAUAUCUUUGUUCAUGAGGGAAUGAAAUAAAAUAAAUUUUUAAAGUGCACAAAUUCUUUGCUUUUCAAAUUACUGUAUGUCUGUGGUGUAAUUCCACUGAUGUUAAAGAUAUUUUGUUUGAUCCAGAUAGCAGGGCCAUAGAUUUAUCAACAUUCAUAUGAAUAAAACUUUAUGAAAUUUGGUUUUGAUGGAUAAUUUGUUUAUAUGAUGUACUAUGUUAUAUUGAUUUUAUUUAUUAUCAGCAUUUACUUAUUGACAACUUAUCAGUGUAAAUCUAGCAUUUUGUUUACAUACUGCAGGGGUGACCUUCACUGAGGUAUAAAAAAAAAAUUAUUAUCCCUUCCCCUCCAAAUUCCAUAUUUAUGUUUGGUAUAUACUGUCAUUUUUGAAAGUUCAGUGUAUACAUUUAACAGACUUUAAGAAACAAAAUAAACUAAAUGAUAAUGAUUCAGUUAGACAUGCGUAUGGUAGGAAGUCAGACUCAUACAGUUGUGAAAAUUAUUCCUACCUAAAUAUUCAUACUCUUUAGCGAAUGUAGUGAUAGGAUUCAUCUUUUGUUUCUGAGAAAUGCAGUUGUGAUCAUACAUAUAUUUCCAUAGGAGUUUUUUUUUUGUGAGGUCUGAAUUCUAGACUAAAAACAUUAACUCAACGUUCUUAGUAUUCAUAUUGUUAUACUUAACUAUUCCUUUCAUUUUUGUAAAUCACAUCCAGUUCCUUUCCUUUAGCUGGUGGUUUUGUAGCAAAGAAAAGUUCUCCAUGUUUGCCUUGUAUGAUAUGGAAAAAAAUUUUGCUGUUAUUAACAGUUUUCUUGUACUUCAUCUUUGAUGCGCUGGUAAGUUUUGAAAUUCAUUCUCAUUUCAUUAAUAUUUACAAACCAAGGUAUUCAUGUGAUGAGAUAACUUUUCAUCAUCACUGUGUACUUAUUUAUCAUUAAAUACAUAAGACAAAUCUCAACUUUCUCUCUCAUCCUCUCUCUCUUCUUUGAAUGGUUAUUGUCUAUGUUCCUUGUGUUGCUUGCCGUAGGCAAUACUAUAGGUUCUUUUUAGUGUCUCUUUGUCUACAGCUGCAGUACUUAAAGCCUUUUUCAUCCUUUUUUUAUCCUUUUCUUCCAGUUUAACUGACUUGCCUGGACAGCUUCUUAAACUUAGUCCUACUAUUUUUCACUUUGCAUUAAAGAGCAAAUCUUUGGGGUGACCCUGUGGCAGUCUAGAAAUGUAUAACA